AUGGAGGACUCCACCGGCAGUAAUCCCCAAACUCUCAGAUUCACAGAGAAACUGAAGUCUUGGCUCUCUUGGUCAUGGACUUAUGUGUGCUUCAUAUGGUUCGGCAUGGUGCUGAUCAUGUUAUACGUGCUGUGGAGUCCGCUGAAACUGCAGGAAACUCUUACUUCAGCCUCAAUGUUUUUGAAUACACUCACGCCCAAAUUCUAUGUGGCUCUCACUGGAACUUCCUCUCUCAUCUCUGGAUUGAUCCUUAUAUUUGAGUGGUGGUAUUUUCGUAAAUAUGGGACGUCGUUCAUUGAACAAGUGUCCGUGAGUCACCUGCGACCUCUGCUGGGUGGAGUGGAGAGCAGUUCUACGACUGGUCUGUUCUCUUCAGUUAACGGAGAUGCAGAACCUCGACCGAGCGUCUCUGAAUGCAAGGUAUGGAGGAACCCUUUGAAUCUUUUCAGAGGUGCAGAAUACAACAGGUACACCUGGGUCACUGGGAAAGAACCUUUGACUUACUAUGACAUGAAUCUGUCCGCUCAAGAUCAUCAGACAUUCUUCACAGGAGACACUCAGCAGUUAAGACCAGAGGAUGCGGUGAUGCAGAAAGCGUGGAGAGAAAGAAAUCCUCAAGCUAGGAUCAGAGCUGCGUACCAGGCCAUAGAAAUUAACCAUGAAUGUGCUGCUGCAUAUGUACUUUUAGCAGAAGAAGAAGCUACAACCAUCACAGAAGCGGAACGACUCUUUAAAAAAGCAUUAACUAUUGCUGGAAAAGAUAUCAACUUGCUAGUGUACAUCAAACGUAGACUGGCCAUGUGUGCACGCAAGCUGGGACGGAUCAAAGAAGCAGUGAAAAUGAUGAGAGAUUUGAUGAAAGAGUUCCCAUUGUUGGGAAUGUUAAAUAUACAUGAAAACCUCUUGGAAGCACUUCUUGAGCUCCAGGCAUAUGCUGAUGUCCAAGCAGUCCUCGCAAAAUAUGAUGACAUCAGCUUGCCAAAAUCAGCAACUAUAUGUUAUACAUCUGCACUGUUGAAAGCACGGGCUGUUUCAGAUAAGUUCUCUCCAGAAGCAGCUUCCAGGCGGGGUCUAAGCACAGCAGAAAUGAAUGCUGUGGAAGCCAUACACAGAGCUGUUGAGUUCAAUCCACAUGUGCCAAAGUACUUAUUAGAGAUGAAGAGUCUGAUCCUGCCUCCAGAGCACAUCUUGAAGAGGGGUGACAGUGAGGCAGUAGCAUACGCUUUCUUCCACCUGCAGCACUGGAAGAGAGCAGAAGGAGCCUUAAACCUACUACACUGCACCUGGGAGGGCACCUUUCGGAUAAUUCCUUACCCACUGGAGAAGGGUCACUUGUUUUAUCCCUACCCAGGAUGCACAGAAACAGCAGAUAGGGAACUACUGCCCUCGUUCCACGAGGUGUCUGUAUACCCAAAGAAAGAGCUUCCCUUCUUCAUACUCUUCACAGCGGGCCUUUGCUCUUUCACUGCCAUGCUGGCCAUGCUCACACAUCAGUUCCCUGAGCUCAUGGGUGUUUUUGCCAAAGCAUUCUUCAGCACACUCUUUGCACCACUGGGCUUCUUCGCAGACAAGAUGGAAAACUUCAUGCCGUCCAGUUUUUGGCACCAGCUGACUCGGAUCUGACCCCCGUCUCUGUCUCUUAACACGCACAAACACACACGAAAACACACGCACACACAAACACGACGCAAACACUCAUAAACACCAACACAACUCCAGUUUCUGGGACAAAAAGCGCCAUAGUCUCCUGUCUUCAGCAUGGCUGUCCACUUGCUGCAUUGUUAUUGAUUAUGUUGGCUGAGGUUGUAUCAACACAGCAAUAGCACUCCUCAGAUGCUCUCCCACACUGUUCCAGCUGCCAGAGUUUUUCCAAGAACACAUUUGGUGAAUACUGGCCAACUACUUCACAGGGUCAUUCACUUGUCGCCAUGUUAGCAUGGCAAAAAUUUGAAAGAAGAAAUACAGUUUACACGAGCCAGACUGUAAAAAUUGGAGGGUUGCUCUUUGUUUGAUCACAAAAAAAACUGUAAACAUUGCAACCUGCAAUGCUUUUACUGAUCUUUUCAGUACUCUCAACUGAUUUCAUACAAUAUGUUCAGGUGCAGCUUUGCCGUUUCUCUCUUGUCGAGUCAAAAACGUAUUUAUAUCUUUCAGUCUGUUAUCCAUCAGGGCCCCUUUAGAUUUAAUUCAGAUUUAAGAGUCCGAGACUUCAUGAAAGAGGAAGUUUGAUUUACAGCCUCUAGAUGGAUGCAGUAUAUAUAUAACACAUCUGCAGUGCAGCAGUUGUUACCAGAACCGGAAACGUUGCCUCGUUCCACUGACAUUCACUCAUCUCUGUUUUACAAAAAAAGCUGACAUUUCCAUGACGAAUGCAGAUACUGUAAGAGCUUUCCAAAACAAUUACACAUUUAAAUGUCAUAGUUUUUUUUUUUUUUAUUCUGUCCCAGUCAGUGAGAAGUGGUGUAAUAGCAUCUAAUGUUUAAAAUGCAUGACUAAUUAAACUAUAACACCACCCAUUCCCGAUAGAUGUGCCGUAAUAUUGUGAUGUCACCUCAUCCCAACAAUUAAUUACAUGACGAGUUUUAUAGCAUUUAUAUCCAGUGAAAUUUACUUUUACAGAUUGUGAUUUUUGAAAGUUGUUACAUUAUCAGAGACCAGAACAAUCUUAAGCUCAUGUGUCUGGGUAUUCAGAGUAUUAAUACCUUUUUUGCUCAAAAAAAGCAAAUAAAAUGUGACAAUAUAAAAAUGACACUUUAGUACAUCACAUUACUAAAUAACUGCAGUGCUGCUAACUGCAUAUCUAAUUGACUUUGAUUCUAGCUGCAGUGUUCAUGUGAAGUUUAGUUACAGGUCUACUCAGUUUGAUUAAAGAUGCACUAUUAAACAGUAUCAGCAUCAUUUUUGGAUUGAAAUAGAUACAAUUUAAAGAAAAAAAAGGGAAACAGGUUUGAGAUUAGGUCAUUGUCUUCUCGUACUGUGCCAGUUAUUUCAGUCUCAUGGAUGAUGUCAGUUACAUGGAUCUUCUCAAAAAUACAAGAAGUACUUGUUUUUUUUUUAUUCCACUCUGGCUUGUUGAAAUUACAAUAAAAUAACAAUGUCUAGCUGUGGUGUGCUGAGGACAGGAGAACAUAUAUGAACAGCGCUGACUGCCUUUGGAGGGGUCUGACAGCUAAAUGUACAAUAAAAUGCUCUUUCAGUGCA